AUGCCGUCCCCCGCCCUCCCCGCAAUGGCACCGCCCGCCUCCCCCUCCAGCAGCAGUGGUACCGCCCGCCCCGCUCCGCCCCGCCCUCCCGGCGCCACCGCCGCGCCAUGGAGCGGGACCGCCACGGGGACGGGGACAGGGACCGGGCCCCGGCCCCGCCGACCCCCGCCGCCUCCUCCUUCGGCGAGGUGCUGCGGCUGGUGCGGAGCGGGCAGGAACCGCCGGGCGUGCGGCGACCCCGCGCCUCGCCCACGGGGGACAGUCCCACCGCCUCCCGCGGGCCGCCCCCCGCCAAGCCCUGGGAGAGCCGCCCCCGCCCCGCCGGGCCCUGAGCCCCGGGGGUCCGUGUCCCCCGCCCUCCCACCCCCCCCGCCAGACGGCUCUGAAGGCAGCUGCAGCCAGCGCUUGGAGAACGAAGAACCCCCACCACUCUCAACCCAUCAUCCCGGUGGGAGCAGUGGAUAUCGCUUGAUUUCCAUACGCCACAUCUCAAUAGCUAGUGAUCCUUUCGAUUCUCCUCCGGGACCAAGUCAGGCUCUGCAGCGUACACCAGAUCUGAGAAAAGCCGUGACAAGACACAUGGGAGUCACACACAACAUGAACUUCAUGCUCGCUCUGUCAUGACAUGGACACCAUCACGUGAGGAGAAAAGGGAACACCUGGAAGAAAAGAUACUGCAGCUCAUCAGGGCCAAGUGCCCUCAGACUGCUCACCAGCGGUUAUGUGGAGCCAGGCAGGACACGCUGUACUUACGGAUAGUACACAGUGAAGGUCUCUCCCGUGUUGAGGUUCAUGAAGCUGUAGAA